AUUUAUCAAAACUUUAUUCGUGUAACUCACGUGUUGUUCGUUAAACGUAAAUUAGGAAUUUAUUUAUUUCUUAGUUGAAAUAUUUUGUAAGCAAUGGCUACCGAUACUUCAGAAGACAAAGUGAAUUUGGUAGCAAGAGAAAUAGAACUCACAAAACUCUUGGCAUCUAAUGAUCCCAAGAUUAGAAGUGAGGGUAUUAAACAAAUAAAACAACUGCUAUUGAAUAAUUCUGGAGAUUCUGAAGACGGUAUGUUUUAUUAAAUUUUAAUAAUUGGAUAUUAAAAUAGAUUCUAUUUUUUUGAUAAUCACAGCUUUCGCAGCUUUUACUUUUUCAUGCUAUUUUUACUUAUCUUCACUCUCUAGUCUUAAUUCUAGUUCACAUUUGUCGGUGUAUGAUAUAACUAUGUCUAUUUACCUCUGCUAUAGUCGUCCUUUAGGUCUUUUUUCUAUUAUGUCUGUAAUUACUUUUAGAUUCUGAAUGGAGUGAGGAAUGUUGGUUUUAUAAACAUUUUAUUUUUUUUUCUAUCAACAACUUUUCUAUUAUCAAUUUUGCUCCUAUUUAUAAUGAUGUCACUUUUUCUAAAAGAAAAUCGGACUGCGGAGGUACUCUAAAGAGUUAUUUUUUUAAUUUUCCUAAAGGUUUUCCAAUAAAUGGGAAAAAACACUGGAAAAUCAUAUGACAAAAUGGGAAAAUAGGUACAAUAUUAAAUAAGUAUUAUUAAAGAAAAUAUAUAUUGCAUAUAUAAUUAUUUUAUCAUAAUAUGAUAUAUAUAUAUAUAUUAUUAACACUGUCAACUGAACUUCGCUCAGAAUCGUUUUUUUGUUGACAAUGGUCUAUCAUUGCUUACAGUUUUACUUUCAGUUUCUCCUCUACUACCUUCCCAACUUUUCACUUAUGUGAGUGGCUGCAACCAUCCCCUUUAUACUGGACAACUUUUUAUUAAACUAUUGGGUUUUCAUCCAUGUGCUGCUAAUUCCAAACAUUUCUAUCUUAUAGAUGAUUUGAUAUCGGACUUUGGGUACAUCUGGUAAAGGUCUCUAUUGGUGGUUUUAAUUCUGUAUUCUCCAUGUUCCUUCCAUGUUAGCAGUACAUGUUAGGAUGUCACAGUAUUUUUAUUCUGAAUGUCAGCAGUUUCUUUUCAUUGCCCUUUGUAACCGACUAUAUUUCCCAUCCAUAAGAUAGUACUAGUUGUAGAUAGUUUAGGUAGUAGGUUGAUUAUAUAUAGUAACAUAGAUUUAAAUAAAUUUCCCUGAGUAAAAUACCCUUUAUUAGCCACUGAAAUCCUUAGAUUUAUCUGAAUAUGCAUAUUAUUUAUAUUUUUAUUAGUUCCUAAAUACCUAUGUCUCUAGUUCUUCUAUGAAUGACAAUACAAUUGGUUUUAUCUUUAUUAACCUUUUAUUUGGUUAUUUCAAUGAAAUAAUAUUAUUAUCUCUAAUAAGAUUAAUUAAUUUAGGUACCUAUUCAAAUGAUUUAUUCGUAAAAUUUCACUUAAAGGUUUUAAGAUAAUUUUAUUGAUUUCUGGAUUUUUUACAAAAUUAUAGGCAUGAUCAGUUGAAUACCAAUAAUUUGUUUCUUUUAAUAAUUUUUUAGCAUUUCAAUUAAAUGAUUAUUUGAUUAUAUGGAGAGGAUUAUUUUAUUUUAUGUGGAUGGCUGAUAAACUACUACCUCAGGUAAAUAUUUGAAAUAUAUUAUUUAAGUGAAGAUGUUAUACAUAACUAUAAAGAUUAUUUAUUUAACAUAUAACAUUUAUAUUUUUUAGAACAUGUUUUAAUUAGAUAUCAAUAAGAAUACUUAAUUUACUUUGAGCAUAUUUGAGAAUAUAAUUAAAUGUGUGACCUUUUUAUAAUUUUAAAAUUAAAAUAUAUUCAAUAUACCUAUUGUUUUAAACAUUCUUAUAUAUUAAAGUUAUUAGAACAGAUAUUUUAUAUGUACAACAAAUCAAGGGUCUUUUUGUUAAAAUCUUUGUUUUGUCAGCUGUUAUGUAUCCUGUAUAGUUUUGCACUACAAAUCUAUAAUUUUAAAUAUUUAAAAUAAGUGUAUAAUCUCAAGUAAGUCCAUAAAGUGAGGGACCCUACCAGGUCUCUAGGUAUAUACAAAUUCAUACUUUAAAUGGCUAUAACUUCUUUAACUAUGAUUUCCAAAAAAAAAAAAUUGAAAUUCUUAUUAGGGCAUUUGUAUAAUGCAUUUAACAAUACUGAAAAAUGAAGUGUUGGACAAUACUACUGAAGUAUUGGACAUAAACAUUAUUUAUUAUUAAAUGUUCAGAAAAAUAUUUUAAAUUUAGAUAUUAAUUAACUAGUAGAUUAAGUAAAUUAAUUUUUGUUAAAUAUUAAAUGUAAAUUUAAUUUUAUACUAACAAUUUAUUUACCUUGCCACAAGUUCAGUUUAAUGGAGUAAUUAAAAAAAGGUUGGUAUAUUUUUUAAUAAAAUUGUUUUUUUUUUUUAACUGAUUAUAUGUUUGUAUUUAUUGAAAUAAUUAAGUAAAUACAUAUUAUAUUGUAGUAGGCAUUUAUUAUACAGUACAAUAUAAUUUAAAAAUAUUAUUUUAGGAAAGUGCCACUGAGAAAAUAAGUAAUCUUUUUCAUAGUUGCACAUCUCAUAAAGGGAAAUUAUUAUUUUUGGAAGCAUUUUUUCUUACCAUUAAAGAUGAUUGGAUGUCCAUAAGUCAGCAUCGUAUUGAUAAAUUUAUGAUGUUAGUGAGGCGCUGCUUAAGACAAGUAUUAUUUACUUUUGUUAAUUGUGAUUGGAAUAGAGAAUACUUGGAAAAAUUUAGUGAAGUGCUUUAUAACGCACUUACAUUAUUCACACUUAGUUUAAGAAGUCACUUGCAAGAAAUAUUCUUAGAAGAACUUGCUAAAGUAGGCCAUUUAUUUUAUUUUUUUAAUUGUGUAACAAUUAUGCAAUAUAUCUUGUGUGUUUUUUUAGGUAAGUAAGGGAAGAGUACCUUCUGAAGCAUUGGUUAUAAUUUUAGAUGCAUUUCUACAUUAUAUUUCUGAACUUAAUGAUACUAUGACAAUUAAAGAAGUGACACAAAAUGUCUUUAGAAAUCUUUUGUCACAAUCACCUGAUAUGGAAAUAUUAGAAGAAAAGUUUCUAGCUUGGCAUAAAGUAAUUAAACAUUUUUAUUAAAAUUUAGUUUUUCCAUGCACCAGUUUACUACAAUUUGGUUAUAAAUGUAACAUGAUCGUUAAGUUAACGAAUUUUAGAACUUACUCCAAUGGAAUGAAAAAAUGAAAAUAAUAUUAAUGGUAUCAAGGCCAUUUGGUUUAAGUGACACUUUUGGCAUGAGCAACACAGUGUAUACUUACAUUAUCCAUGGUUGCUUUUGAAAUCAAUUUUGCUUAUUCUACUGAUGUUAUUUUAAUUUUUUUUGUUCCAUAGAUGUUUAAAUUUUAUUAUUGUAGUCAAAAUUUGUAUCAAUAAAUAGCCUUGAAACCUUCAACAUAAAAUAGCAUUAUAGGUUGAAUACAGGAUUACCACUGUUUUACACUUUUUUCCUCAUAAACCAAUUUUAUUCACUUAACAGGAUUUUAAAUGUUUGUUUAUUUAAGAUAGCUAUUAUUAAUUCGGUGAACAUAAAAUGGGUGCAAUUUGAAAACCACAUGUUGACUAGUCUAAUACUUAACAUAUUUUAUAAUUUACAUAAUAUAGUUAUUAAAUUUUUUUUUGAUAUCUAGAUGGGUAAACCAGGUAAAUCUUAUAAUGAUUUGGAAUUGGUGGAAGCUGAUAUAGUAGAUGAUAAUUCUAAUGAACAAACUAACAGUCCAUUAGAUCCACGUGCUGGUAAUGUAAGUGUGGAAAUACCUCGUAUUAAAUUCAAUCCUAAAGAUAUAGCAAAGCUUUUAAAUAAAUAUGUAACUGAAGUUGAUUGUACAAGGAAGUGUUUAGUAGAGAUUACUAAAUUACUAAAAUGGUAUAACCGCUUGGGAUUGGGUAUUCUACCCUAUAAACCGAAGGAUCUGAAAUUAAAUAGUCGGAAAAAAAAGAAAACUUUAUCUAAAAUGGUGAAAGAAGGUGUUAAAAAAUUAGAAAUGGUUGAUUCUCAGAUAAAAAAAAGUAGCCGCCAAGUAGUUGAAAAUCGAAAAAGUCUUAGAGAACUUGAAAAGAUGGGAGAAGUAAUAGUAGAACAUGGAAAAAUUGGAAAAUCUAUUUGGAAAGUAAGAAAGUUUGAGCAAAGUAAUUCAUUAAAAGAAAAUUUCAGUUUAAAUGGAUCAUGGACAGUAUCGGAAGAAAAUAAAAAUAAUGAUAUAGAUAAAUCUGUAUGUGUUACUGAUGAUGAGCCUCCACUUCUAGUGCCUAUAGGCUUUAAUGUUGAUAUUUUAGAGAAAACUCCUAUUCAACAAAAAGUAUCAACACCAAAUUUAAAGUCAUUAAUAGGUAGUUCAUCUAAAAAAGAAAAUAAUUCAAAAAAGCUCAAAAGUCCAAUGUUUAAGGUUUCUGAUGUAUCAGUUACCCCAAAGAACAAUAAUAUUAAAAAAUCAAAUUCUCCUUCUGUUCAAAAUGUUUUGCCUAAUAGUACCCAUAAAUCACCAAAUGUUAACACGAGUCAUAAUACUAGUUGGUCAGUGUCUGUUAAUAAUGAUGAGUCUAUCUCUAAAAAAGUUAAAAAAAGUGAAAAUUUAUCUAAAACAACACCGAAAACCGAUACUGAUAAUAUCCAAUAUGCUAAUAAAAAUAAUACACCUGAUGAACAGAAUAAAAUACCAAUCGGAAGUCUUAAUACUGCAAUUAAGAAAAAAUUGCAUAACCAAGAUAGUGUAAUAGAGAAUCAAAAAAAUCUCAGUGGCGAUUUUGUAAUGUCAAAAAUCAAACGACGUUCUAAUGAAAUUGAUAAGAAUUCAAGUUUAAAUGAAAGUUGGAGUGUUUGUAACAAUGAAAAAAUAAAUUUAAGUGCACAAAAACAGCAGACAGGGGAAUUAGGUAAUAAUAAUAUUAAAAAAGUUAAUUUAUCAAACAUUACUGAUGAAGUGCUUACUGUUGUAAACACAAGUCAUAGAAAUAGUUGGUCAUUGUCUGAUGACAUUAAUGAAUCUGCAUCUAAAAAAGUAAAGUUAAACAAUGAGUCUAUUAAAGAUGAAGAUAAUAAUAUUUCUAUAUUGUCUAUGGCAACACCAGACAAAAUUUCAAAAAGCCCCAAAAGCCCGAAAAGUCCGACUCCUGAACAAAGAGUGUUAAGACGAAGAACAAUUAUAAUUCCUAAGAAGAAACUUGAAGUACAAAAUGGGGGUACGCCUAAAAAUAAUGUGAAAACAAAGUUAGUGCAAAACCGUAGAAAGACCUUAGCUGGAGAAGAAAUAGGCUUAUUGAAACCUGAAGAAAUUUCAAAUAAAGCUCUUGAAAAAGUGGUAUGUAAAUUUGUUUAAUAUUGUAAUUAUUAUAUUUUUGGAUAUAAUGGUGUUUUGAUGUGUCAUUUGUAUUUAUUAUAGCGAAGUAAUGCUUAUGAAAAUGAUUUUAGUUCUCCAAGGAAAAGUUCUAGGCUGUCAAUUAAAACAGAUUCGGCUAAGAAAAGAGUUGAAUUUAAAUUAAAAAAUAAUGUAGCACAGGGUAUUGUAUUAAAUUAUUAAUAUUCACUUACACAUAGUAAUUUAACUUAUUGUUUCAGAGUUCAUAGAAUACAGGACAAGUUUAGUGAAAAAGCCAGACAAUCCACAUGAUGCAACCAAACAGCCAGUGUUUGGUGUGUUGAAAUCAACACCAGAGUUAAACCGUACAAAUCCAACUUCUAAGACUUCCAUAUGUUCUACAAAAAAAAACAGAAAAUCUAUAAUUUAAUUUAAAUUGAUCUAAUUUUAAAUGUAUCAUUAAUGUUUGUUUUAUCACCUGAUAUAUGUAUAUUUUUUUAAAUUGGUGUAAUAGGUACUUGGCAAGUUACGUAUUGACAAAUUUUGAUGAUUCCACAAAUUAAUUCAAAUCAUUUUCUUUUGAUAAUUAAAUUAUUACGACU